AUGUCCCGCCAGGCCCUCCGCGCCGCUCUGCGCACCACUUCUCGUAGCGGUCUCUCGACUGCGUCCCGCCAGGCCUUCCGCCAGAACGGCCGCCGCUUCUACUCGGCCGAGGCUCCCAAGCAGGCCGGCUCCUCUUCCGGCCUCCUCUGGCUCGCCGGUGCCGCCGCCGUGGGUGCUGGUGGCUACUUUGUCCUCGGUCAGGGCUCCGGCUCCCCCAAGGUCUUUUCCGCCACCAAGGAGGACUAUCAGAAGGUUUACAACGAGAUCGCUAGCCGUCUCGAGGAGAAGGACGACUACGAUGACGGCAGUUACGGCCCCGUCCUCGUCAGACUGGCCUGGCAUGCUUCCGGCACAUACGACAAGGAGACUGGUACCGGUGGCAGCAACGGCGCCACCAUGCGCUUCGCCCCCGAGGGUGACCACGGUGCCAAUGCCGGUCUCAAGAUUGCUCGCGACUUUCUCGAGCCUGUAAAGAAGAAGUUCCCCUGGAUCUCGUAUUCCGACCUGUGGAUUCUCGCUGGUGUCGCCGCCAUCCAGGAGAUGCAGGGUCCCAUCAUUCCCUACCGCCCUGGUCGUUCCGAUCGUGAUGCUGCCGCCUGCACGCCCGAUGGACGUCUUCCCGACGCUGCCCAGGGCAGCAAGCACCUCCGCGACAUCUUCUACCGCAUGGGCUUCAACGACCAGGAGAUUGUUGCUCUUGCUGGCGCCCACGCUCUCGGCCGGUGCCACACUGACCGCAGUGGCUUCGAGGGUCCCUGGACCUUCUCCCCCACGGUCAUGACCAACGACUACUUCACACUGCUCCUCUCCGAGAAGUGGACUCCUCGCCAGUGGAACGGCCCUUACCAGCUCCAGGACAAGGGCAAGACAUUGAUGAUGCUGCCCGCUGAUGUGGCUCUGAUCCAGGACAAGGCCAUGAAGCCGUGGGUCGAGAAGUACGCCAAGGACAACGAGCUCUUCUUCAAGGACUUCUCUGCCGUCAUCACCAAGCUCUUUGAGCUCGGUGUCCCCUUCAAGGAGGGUGUCGAGCCCUUUGUCCUCAAG